UGCUACUUCUGGAAUCCGUGUUGGAGAACUAUGAUUGUUAUGGACGGCAGUUUUGCAGUUAUGACCAAACUGGAGGCUCUGGAUUUGUCCUUUAACAACUUAACCCGUGUUCCCACAGGAUUACCUCCAUCAUUAACAAUGUUAAUGCUGGGUUCUAACAAAAUACCCUACAUAUCUGAAGAUGAUUUCCAUGGAUUACAUAAUUUAAAAAUCCUAAAAAUACAAGGGAACUGUCCAAGAUGUCAAAAUGCUCCAUAUCCCUGUGUGCCUUGCCAAAAGACUUCUCUUGGCAUCCAUCCUUAUGCAUUUCACAAUCUAACACAGCUUGAGACACUGCACCUGGGAGGAAACUCAUUGACCUACCUGAAUGCUUCCUGGUUUGAGAGGUUGAAUAAGCUUAAACAACUGUUCCUGUCAUUUAACUUCUUGCAAAAAGCAAUUACUGGAGAAGCUAAAUUUCUAACAUACGUUACCAAGCUAGAAAAGAUUGAUCUCUCUUUUAACUUUGCUCUCAAGCUCUACCCUACAACAUUAUAUCUUUCAAAAAACUUUCAAAAACUCCAGUCACUGAGAACUUUGCAUUUGGAAGGUUUGGUGUUCCAGACUAUUGUACAAGACACACUCAGCCCUCUGUACGGGCUCCGGAAUCUGUCUGCGCUGAAUUUAGGGACUAACUUCAUUAUUAAAUCUGAUUCCAAAAUUUUCAGCAAAUUCCAACAGCUGAAAAUGAUAUACCUUGCAGAAAACAGGCUAUAUCCCAGUCCAGUGAAAAGUAUCGCUAAUCCGAGUGAUGGAUUCCAUCAGCGCUUGGACCUUUCUAUUUCACCUUACAUAAAACCACAUACAGACUUUGCUUACGAUGUAUCACAUAGUCUUAUCAAGCAAGAGUGCUUUGACUCUGGUCGAGUGCUAAUCCUCAGCUCAAAUAAUCUGUUCUUCAUUUCUCCAAAACAAUUUGAGGGCUAUGGAAAUAUUGCAUGUCUCAACCUCUCAGGAAACGGAUUUUCGGCAGCACUUAAUGGCACAGAGUUUUCUUCACUGCCUAAUCUGACCUACCUGGACCUGUCAUUCAAUAAAAUAGAUCUUGCAUAUGACAAUGCCUUCAUAGAACUACAGAAACUAAAAGUACUAGACCUCAGUUAUAAUCCGCACUACUUCAAAUCAACGGGGGUAACACAUAAUUUGAAUUUCAUGAAAAAUCUGCCUGCUCUGAGAGUGCUGAAUAUGAGUCAUAACGCAAUUUCCAUCUUAACAACAAAACAGAUGCACAGCAAAUCAUUAUCUGAACUUCAGUUUACAGAUAAUAAUCUUGGGACUCUUUGGAAAGAGAGAGAUGGCUCAUAUGAGAUGCUUUUUACUAAUCUUACUAAUCUGACAAUUUUAGAUAUAUCCCAAAACAGAAUAACAAAGAUUCCAGAUAAUGUUUAUGAACGUUUGCCACAUAAUCUCACCAAACUACGCAUAAGCGGUAACUCCCUCACUGAUUUUAAAUGGAACAGACUGAAGUGUUUUCAUCAACUUCAAAUUUUAGACCUGAGUUUUAAUUCUUUAUCUCAUGUGAAAGGUAUAAACUCAAACAUCACCCAAAGUUUGACUUUCCUUGAUCUGAGUCAUAACCACAUUUUCCACUUGGAUGAUGGAUUUAUAAAGGGUCCGAAAAGCCUUACAACUCUUAGCCUUAGCAACAAUAAACUGACCACAAUCAAUCAAUCUACCCUCCUGUCAAUAUCAAAUAAUCAGAUUAAGACUUUGUUCUUGCAGCAAAACCCAUUCCAGUGUACCUGUUAUUCAUUUGAGUUCAUUCUGUGGAUUGAAAAUAGUAAUGUAAAGAUCCCGAGACUGACCACUAAGGUGAAAUGUGCCACACCAGAAAACCAGAAGGGUAGAGCACUAAUAUACUUUGACAUUAACCAGUGUGUUAAUGACAGUCAGGCAUUCCAGAUCUACAUUCUUAUCACUUCCUUUAUUUUUGCUUUUAUGUUUGUGACAACUGUUGCUCACUUAUUUUACUGGGAUGCUUCAUAUGUCGUACACUUUAUGAAAGCUAGGUUAAAGGGAUACAGAUCCUUGAACUCACCAGAGAGUGUUUAUGAUGUCUUUGUGACUUAUGACACCAGAGAUCCACAUGUCUCUGAGUGGGUGAUGAAAAAUCUGCGGGUGAAACUGGAAGAGGAAGGAGAGACACAUCUCCCUUUAUGUCUGGAGGAGAGGGAUUGGCCCCUAGGAGUCCCCCUGGUGGACAACCUCACUCAGAGCAUCCAAUACAGUCGCAAGACCCUUUUUGUCUUAACAGAGGGCUACGUUAAGACUGGGGUUUUCAAGCUAGCAAUGUAUCUGGCCCAUCAAAGACUGCUGGAUGAAAAUGUGGAUGUGAUUGUGCUGCUGAUGCUAGAGCCCGUCCUACAGCACUCUCACUUCCUCCGUCUGAGGAGGAGGCUGUGUGAGAAAAGUGUUGUAGAGUGGCCGAGAACAGCAGCUGCAGAGGCUUGGUUUUGGCAAAAUCUGCGGAGUGUUGUCAGAGUAGACAAUCAGAUUAUGUACAACAAGACUUAUUCAAAGUACUUCACCAACAAGUGAAACAGGACAAAGAUCAAUGCUGACUGUCCGGGAAUGAUUUAUACAUAUGUGAAGAGUAACAUCUGUAACUUGUUUUUAAACCACUGUCCUAUAGCAAUGCUGGUUUGGUUCUUCACACUAUUAUCAUUCUGCCUGACAAGAAUACAAGACAACGGAAGAUAUGAUUCCUUAAGUUUUGUAGUGUGUUAAAGCUACAAUGCUUCUGAAUCUCUUGUACAUUAAUAAAUCUGUUAAUUCAAAACCUGUGUCAUUUUGUAGAUGCAAAUGUUUCAAUCUAUUAUCUUAACCUAGAAAAUACUGUUCAGGUCUACCUACAAAAGGGAAAUGUACUGUGCACAUCAC